CCCUCUUCAUCCCGUAUUUCGGUAGAUGCCUUACUUGCUGCCUCUCAUUCAUGUUCGUCCCAAACUGGAGGGUAUUCAGCAACAUUCUCAUUACCGUUGACGGAUAGUCCCCCUCGCCUCUUCCCCGCGUUCGAUGAGCAGUGGCAGCAGGUCGAGGUCACCAUCCAAUAUUUUCCCUUUUACCAACUUUGUCAUCCGUCCUCAUUAAAUCACAGACACUCACAGACACAGACACAGACACAGACACAGACACACACACAAACACACACAGACACAUAUAGAUACAUGCACAUAUAUAAAUAUGCAUAUAUAUAUAUACAUACACUUAACUCUAAAUUUUCACAUAUAAUCACAUACAACCGAAAUCAUGCUGUAAAUUUAAAUAGCAAGAAUAAUCCUUGA